AUGAGCAAAUUGUUGCCCAUAAAUCAGUCGAGCAACAAGGAUUCAGCAGAACUAGGCGAUUCUAUCGCAACCGAUACGCCGGCGAUGAAAGAUGGAACUCCGAGCGAAGAUGAAAACAACGACAGUGAAGAGGGCAAAGACGAGAAUCCCAAUGACCACAUCUUGACCUCGGCCUGCGGAGAUCCCAUAUAUGGCAAUAUGGCAGCGUGUGAAGGUAUUGCCAGCUUAGUCCUAACACAGGACACGACAUCUGUGCUUCAGGCAGAUACUCGGGAGAUCGUUCAAAAAGAAGGACAUUUACAAGAACAAGAUUUCAGUUGCAUCGCUAUGAAGAACACGAAGCUGGAUCUCGAUUAUGUUUUACCUCCAAAUGAAGACGCAAAUGUAGAAUUACUUCAGUGUCAUCAUUCAGCUCCCACAUCAAGUUCUCCACAAGAUCGUGCACAUUGUACCACCUCUAACAUGGGCCAUAAUUUCCACUGUCUGCUGACUCGACAACGUCCAUUGCGAUAUCCCGACAAAGAAAGUAGUUAUGUUACACUCGUGCAUUUCGUUGUUCUCACUUCUCCCGCUGGCCGG